UUUUUCAUAUUCUCUGUCUUUGGACACGAUUUAUCGACUACUAUUAUUAUUGCUAUCGGUGUAUUGUUUUUUCUCUAUAAUCGCUAUUAUUCGGCCAACGCCUUUUUUGUUCUUAUUACUAUUAUAAUGUUGCGUUUUUUGGUCCGCUAUUCAAGCGAUUAUAAUUUUGUAUUUUGUGAUCCGCCAAUAUAGCGAUCUGUACUAAUUUUAUGUGUGAUCGGCUAAUAAAGCGAGCACAACAAUUAUUAUCAUUAUAAUUUAAGUUAUUCGAAUUAUUUAUAUUAUUAUUUUAUGGUGCACACGGUUGCCUACUAUUAUUACUAUUCUUAUUAUUAUAUUGUGUGUUGGUAUUAAACCUGAGGUACCUCAAUAAAAAUACGAUCUCCAAAGCUGAAAUCGUAAGUCUUUAUUAUUAUUAUUAUUAUUAUCGCCGUCGAACUUGCGGCUGAAUAUUACCAUCAUCGGUGUCAAGCGAUUCUUCCGCGUAAACCAGCCAGCAACAUACGUUGUGUGAGAGGACGCCCACCUCUUCCAGGUUCAUCGAAAUCAACACUGUCGUUUAUGGUCAACGUUGGGUCUGGUCGAGUCUACAGUUGUAUAUCCAAAAGAUAAAUGGAAUCCGUAAAACAUGUUAUACCAUGGACAAGUAGACUAAAGAAAGUUCUGAAAUCCAAUGGAUGUAAAUCUACAAUAUAUACAAACAGCUGUGAUACUCACAGUUUCUUUGAAUUCCUACAAUGUUUACGAAAUGAAGAAAAGUUAUGUGAUAUAAAGUUAGAAACAGAUGACGGUGUAAUUGUGUGUGCACAUAAAGUUGUAUUAGUUUCAGUUUGUCCAUAUUUCCGUACAAUGAUCACCAGUUUUGCCGAAGGGGAUAAAUAUGUUGUAAACAUAAGAGAUAUUGAUUCUAACAUUUUACAACUGUUGAUUGAUUUUAUUUAUACUGGCAAAAUAAUGGUGACCGAACAAAACGUAAUGGGUUUGUUACCAGCUGCUAAACUCUUACAGUUGGAUUAUGUAAAAGGCGUAUGUGUUGAGUUUUUACAAAAACAAUUGAACACUUCAAAUUGUCUUGGUAUCAAAGAAUUUGCUGAAUUUUACAACUGUUCGGACUUGUUGUCCAGCUCUGAAGAAUACAUAAAAACACAUUUUUUAAAAGUUGUUGAAGUUGACGAAUUUCUAUCUCUGUCUACUGAAGAAGUGAUUAAUCUAAUCUCCCGUGAUGACAUUAACGUUCCAUUUGAAGAAAAAAUAUUUGAAUGUGUUAUCAAUUGGGUAAAACAUGAAUUAGAUUGUAGAUAUGACAGUUUGUCUAAAUUAAUGGAACAUGUUCGUUUAUCAUUAGCACCCGAAGAGUGUAUAAUAUCAAAAAAUAUAGCGGAUGAACCUCUUAUUAAAAAUAAUCCUAAAUGUGAAGAUUUUGUCAUCGAAGCUUUAAAUUUUCAUUUUAUCGUAAAGAAAUUUCCGCACAUUACCAUGCCACAAACAAUUCGUAAUUCACCUAGACAGACUGGACUUAAAUUUCUUCUUGCCAUGUGUGAUCCAUCAGGAAUAGGGAAGUGUUAUACAAGCUGGUAUGAUCCAGUAACCAAACUAUUGCAUAAAACAAAAAAAAUGAAUAUGGAGUGUGAAUUAUGCGGUCUAGCCUUAAUAAAAGAUCAUUUAGUUUUUGCCUUGGGUUAUAAUUAUUUUCACUCAAGAUCAAUUGAAAUGCUUGACUUAUCUUCGCAAUCACCUCAUUGGAAACCAACAGUUGACAUGUUGGUCGAUCGAAAUCGUUUUGGAGUUGGUGUCUUGGAUGAUCGUAUAUAUGCUGUGGGCGGAGACAUUAUUGGCGAUUCUCAGUUAAAUAGUGCAGAGGUUUUUGACGUGAGUGUUCAAGAAUGGCGAUUGAUAUCUAGUCGUAUGUCUACUGGGAGAAUUAACCCCGGUGUUGGAGUACUCGAUAAUCUUUUAUACGCGGUAGGUGGUUAUAAAUACCCAUUUUCUUUGAAAUCUGUUGAAUGUUAUGAUCCCAGCCUUAACACGUGGACACCAGUCACACAAAUGUCUACAAGUCGUAGAGCCCCGGGUAUAGGAGUCUUAGAUGGUAAAAUGUAUGCUAUUGGUGGUGACUGUCAGGACGAUGGUAGUUCAGUGGCUCUUAAAAGUGUUGAGGCAUAUACCCCAAUUGAUAAAGUUUGGUCAUUUAUACCUGAUAUGCACUUUUGCCGAGUCGCUCCAAUAGUUAUCACAUUUAAUGGAUUGUUGUAUGUCAUUGGUGGAUUUGAUGGAUCUACUAAUUUGGAUUCUGUAGAAAUAUACGACACAAAAAACAACACGUGGACUAUGGAACCAUUUCCAACAAGUGUAAAUGGAAUUUAUGGUGCAGUAGUCAUUAAUUUGCCAUCACAUUUGAGAAAUGAUUAACUUAUACAUAAUAUGCUAAGCUCACUGUCGGUUGUUGUAUAUUAUAUUCCUAUUAGUUUAUAAUGCAUGAACACAAGAACACAUGUUAAGUAUUUUAUACAUUUUUGAUUUUUUGAAUGUUUGAAUAAAAUAGUUUUAAAUAAU